AUGGGCUCUAUCCCAAACCCACCACGAUAUGAUGCCAUCAUCGUCGGCAGUGGCUUUGGAGGCUUGCACACGCUUCACGAAAUGCGAAAGCAGAACCUUAAAUGUCUAGUUAUCGAUGAAGGUUCGGACAUGGGUGGAGUAUGGCAUUGGAACUGUUAUCCUGGUGCUCGGGUUGACACCAAAGUUCCUUUGUAUGAAUUCUCCGAUGAGAAUUUGUGGCGAGAUUGGGUGUGGACGGAGAAAUAUCCUGGAUCGGAUGAGAUCCGCCGGUACUUCAAACACGUCGAAUCUAAGCUGCAUUUGAAGAAGAACAUCCUAUUCAACACUCGUGUAGUCGCUGCCAAUUACGACGACGAUAUUAGUCAGUGGACUGUCACUACAAACGAUGAACAAAAGCGCACAGCUCGUUAUUUCAUUCUCGCAACCGGGUUCGCCGCAAAGGCGUUGAUUCCCUCUUUCAAAAAUUUGGAGACAUUUGCAGGCCCUUAUUUUCACACUUCACGGUGGCCACAGGAAGGAAUAAACUGCAGUGGCAAGCGAGUCGGCAUUGUUGGUAACGGAUCAAGUGGGCUACAGGUUAUACAAGAGCUCGGCCCUAUGGUCGAACAUAUGUCAGUUUUUCAGCGCAGUCCUACAUAUGCACUCCCCAUGCGACAGCGCCCAUUGUCUGUUGAAGAGCAGGACAAGUGUCGAUACGAAGCAAUUUACGAGCUUCGCAAACAUACAUUUGCUGGUCUCGAUACUGAAUUCAGCGUUUUGCCCGCCACUUCUGGGGGGCUCUCAUUCUGGCUGGGGACCUACCGUGACGUUAUCAUGGACAAGGAUAUCAACAAGGAGGCUUACGAAUUUUGGCGAAAGAAAGUCUUGCCUCGUAUCAAGGACCCGAAAAAUGCCGAGCUGCUAGCACCGGAGGAGCCUCCGUACUAUUUCGGCACAAAGAGAGCAACCCUGGAGCAGCGUUACUACGAAGUUUACAACCAAGAAAACAUUGACCUUGUCGACGCCAAGAAUAACCCAAUAGUUGAUGUGCAACCGAAUGGUGUUCUCACCGCAGACGGAAAAUUCCAUGAACUCGAUGUUCUCAUUCUGGCGACUGGAUUCGAUUCGGUGACAGGUGGUAUUCUUAAUAUUGACAUUCGCGGCCGUGGCGGUGCUUCUCUGCGGGAAAAAUGGAAGAAGGGCACCUGGACCCAUCUCGGACUAAUGACAUCUGGAUUCCCCAAUAUGUUCUUUCUCUACGGACCCCAGGGGCCAACUUCAUUCUGCAAUGGCCCUACAUGCGCCGAAGUUCAGGGUAACUGGAUCGUGCAAACCAUCAAGUACCUUCGAUCGCAUGGUAAUCACGAGAUUGAGCCAACCGCAGAAGCCGAGGAAAAAUGGAGAGAACUCGUCAAUCAAAUUGGGGAUGCCACCUUGCUGCCGGCAACGAAGUCGGAGUAUAUGGGUACCAAUGUUCCCGGAAAACCGAAGGAGAUGCUCAACUACCUAGGAGGCUUAACUGAGUACAUCAAGAAUAUCUCAAGCGCAAUAACUUCGGGGUAUUCUGAGUUUUCUAUCAUUUAG